AUGGCGGACUUUCUCCUCUUCGAGGGCCCGGUUGGCUACUCGCUUUUCAAGGUCGUGCACAAGCCCGACUCUGUUGGAAACCGACUGAAGGAGGUUCAGGCUGCUAACCAGGACCUCGCGAAAUUCGGUAAGAUGGUCGAGGUUGUCAGCUUCUUACCAUUCGAGAACAACAAGCAGGCGCUCAGCGAAAUCAAUGAUGUAUCCGAAGGUGUCGCCUCUGAGACCCUAAUCUCGUUCCUUGAGCUCAAUCUGCCAAAGUCUAACAAGAAGAAGAGCUUGAUUAUGGGUGUCUCUGACAAAGGUCUUGCCGGUAGCAUCAAGGCUGCGUUCCCAUUCGUCGAGUGUGAAACUGGCGAUACCAGCGAGGUUGUGCAGGAUAUGCUGCGUGGAAUCAGAAUGCACUCCGGGAAGCUCCUCAAGCAGCUUCGUGAGGGUGACAUCAACACUGCGCAACUCGGUCUCGGUCACGCUUAUUCCCGUGCCAAAGUCAAGUUCUCCGUCCAGCGUGAUGACAACCACAUCAUCCAGGCAAUUGCUAUUCUCGACCAAUUGGACAAGGCCAUCAACACCUUCUCGAUGAGAGUGAGAGAAUGGUACUCGUGGCAUUUCCCAGAGUUGAUCAAGAUUGUAUCUGACAACCAUCGCUACGCCAAGUGUGCGCUAUUCAUCCAGAAUAAGAAAGAUCUUUCGGAAGAGAAACUCCAUGACUUGGCCGCACUCGUGGAUGACGAUGAAGGUGUCGCUACCAGUAUCCUCGAUGCCGCCAAACACAGUAUGGGUCAGGAUAUCACUGGCACAGAUAUGGAGAACGUUAUCGCCUUCGCUGAGCGCGUCGUCAGCCUCGGAACGUACCGCAAGAACCUUCACGCAUACUUGGUUAACAAAAUGAGCGUCGUUGCACCUAACUUGGCUACUCUCAUUGGAGAAGUUGUCGGUGCACGUUUGAUCUCGCAUGCUGGAAGCUUGACCAACCUUUCCAAAUACCCUGCGUCGACCGUGCAGAUCCUUGGUGCCGAGAAGGCUCUCUUCAGAGCGCUCAAGACCAAGGGUAACACCCCAAAAUACGGUCUACUCUACCACUCUUCCUUCAUUGGCCGCGCCGGCACCAAGAACAAGGGCCGUAUCUCGCGAUUCCUGGCCAACAAGUGCUCUAUUGCAUCAAGAAUAGACAACUUCUCCGAGACACCCUCUACAGCAUUCGGAAAUGCUCUCCGGCAACAGGUCGAGGAAAGACUAGAGUUCUAUUCCUCUGGAGCCGCCCCUACUAAGAAUGAAGUAGCAAUGAAAACCGCGAUGGACUCCAUCCUCGCAGACAUUGACGUUGAUGCUGGCGCCGAUGAUGUUGAAAUGGAAGACGUAGAAAAGGCUGAGAAGUCCGAGAAGAAAGAGAAGAAAGAGAAGAAGGAAAAGAAGGACAAGAAGGAGAAGAAGAAGGACAAGAAAGAAAAGAAGAAGGAGAAAUCGGCCGAUGAAUCAGAUGCCGAAGCUGAUUCCACACCAAAGAAGAAGCGAAAACGCGAUAGCGAGAUUGGUUCUGGAAAGAAGAAGCAAAAGAAGUGA